AUGAGAGUCAAGCAAGCUUUACUCAGUGACCCCACGGCUGAGUGUCUGGAGAAACAUUCUCUCCAGGAUGUCUCUCUACAUGCUUUGUCACGUGCCCUGGGCGUCUGUGGCUCUGAAUGGGUCGGAGUCAUGGCAGUUGCAGGGGUGGCUUUUGUGACUGGGUGCCAUGACCUUUUCUAUCUUAGGCAGAUGGGGUGGAGAGAGGGCAUUACACCCGAGUGCAGGUGCCCACUGAGGCCAGAAACAUUUCAACCCCUGGAGCUGGAGUUUCAGUGUCCUCGGACAACCUGCACUUCGUCGUCCUUCCGGAUGGGCAUGGACCGGACGUUGUACUUCUGCCUCAGCUCCUUGGAAAGGGGGGAAGACAUGAUCUUCCUCCGAAUCUCUAUACAAGACAAGAAACCGCCCCUCUGCGGCAAGUGCGAUACCUCCUCCCGGCCGCACGAUGGCGCUGAGCCUGCUGGGAAGAAGGGGGCGCUCAGGCCUGGGACCCUGAGCGCGGCGGCAACUUUCCGGGCUGCCGUGGCUCUGCCAUCUGUCACCCUGGCCCUUCUAUGCUUGGACGGUGUCUUCCUCUCCUCGGCCGAAAAUGACUUCGUUCACCGGGUCCAGGAGGAGCUGGAUCGCUUUCUACUGCAGAAGCAGCUAUCCAAGGUCCUUCUUUUCCCCCCAGUCUCCAGUCGCUUGCGUUACCUGAUUCAUAGAACAGCCGAGAAUUUUGAUCUCUUGAGCAGCUUCUCUGUUGGGGAGGGCUGGAAAAGGAGGACAGUCGUCUGUCACCUGGACAUCAGGGUACCCAGUUCAGAUGGCCCUUCUGGUCCCUGCCGCCCUCCCACCUCCCAUCCCAGCAAGUACCGUGGUCCUCGGUACAGCUCACAUCAGGGAGCAGCUGCUGGUCCCCGAGGUGCUCCUGCUGGCCGAUGGCAUCGAAGACGUAAGCCGGACCAGGCUUUGUAUGUGCCCCGGGUGCUACGCAAGCAAGAUGAACCAGUGGCACCCUCCAUCCCUGGCCUGAGGGGAGAGGACCCAGCUGAUGGAGUUUCAGAAGAGCCAAGAGGGACUGGUGCUGGGGACCCCGAGGCUCAUCAGGGGGUUCCCAUGUUGGUAACUCAGGGAACAGAGCUCCUGAAGCACCCAGACGCAGACUGUGCAAAUGAUUCACAGCUGGAGCUGGGUGACACUGAGCCCUCUGAGAAUCCUUCUAAGAAGGAACACGGGGUGGAGACAACCACACAGCAGAGGUCCAGCCCACAGCUGGCCGCGGAGGAGGAAAACAGGAACCUGGCGGACCAAGAGGAAGAAAAGGUAGAGGGGGAAGAGAAAGAGAAGGUGGGUGAGGAAGAAGAGGAUGUGGGCAAGCAGGAAGAGAAGGCAGAUGAUGAGGAAGAGAAGACUGAUGCGCAGAGAGGCAAGGUGGAUGCGGAGGAAGACAAGGUGGAUGGAGAUGAAGAAAAGAUGGAUGGGGAAGAUGAGGAUGAGAAUGGUGAUGCCAACCAGGACGAUCUCAGUGAGCUGUUGCAGGAGAUCACAGCCAACCUGACGGAAAAGGAGAUUGAAAUAGAGAGGAUCCGCCUGGACACAUCCUCUUUCGCAGAGGAGCUACCCGGGGAACGGGACUUGGCCCACGUGGUGGAGAUCUAUGACUUUAAGCCAGCACUCAAGACAGAGGACCUGCUGGCCACCUUCUCGGAGUUCCAGGAGAAGGGGUUCAAGAUCCAGUGGGUGGAUGACACUCACGCCAUCGGCAUCUUUCCCUGCCAGGCCUCAGCUGCUGAGGCCCUGGCUAAAGAUUUCUCCAUGCUCAAGAUCCGGCCGCUCACACAAGGAAGCAAGCAGUCCAAGCUCAGAGCCUUGCAGAGGCCAAAGCUCCUGCAGCUAGCAAAGGAGAGACCACAGACAGAUUCAGCGGUGGCCCGCAGGCUGGUGGCCCGGGCCCUGGGCCUCCAACACAACAGAAAGAAGGAACUGCCUGCUGCCCCAAGUCUCCUGCCAUCUUGAGGCCCCAGGCCCUGCUGUCCAGACUAGGCUGGGCCCCAAGACAACACGUCUACAGACACCAGGACAGCCCCUUGCCCUCCUUGGAGCUGCUGUGGGGUACAUCAGGCUUCAGUUGACUUGGUCCCAGAAAUUGAGAAGAAAUAAAAAUUUACAGUUGUUGUAUUGUU